AUGGACUUUGAACGUGUAUCUAUUACGGUAAAUGAUGUAAACGAGGUAAAAGACGUCAUUCCCCGUAUGGAGAACAAAUUUAAAGCAGCAAUUGACAAAAUUGUCAGCAGUAAAAAGAGAGGUGACAAUAUAUUUUAUUUUAGUUUUGAAGAAUACAACAACAAGAUUCAAAAAAUAAAAGAAUUAAAAAUUGGAACACUAAAAAAAACGGUAACGAAUAAAAGACUUAUACGUAAAUAUGAUGUUGUGUCAAUUGGGGGAAAAGAAAAAUUGAUUAAACCUAUAGUUGAUAAUGAAUCUGACGUUUUAUAUUACGUCACAGUAGACGAGUUGUUUGAAGUAAUUCAUGCCGCACAUUUAUCAGUAGGGCAUGGUGGUAGAAAUAGGAUGAUGGCUGUGUUAAAAACAAAAUAUUGUAAUGUGACAACGGAGGCAGUUAUGGCAUAUUUAGGUUUAUGCAGUAAUUGUCAAGUAAAACAAUCAAAUCCGAAAAGAGGGCAUGUGACAAAACCAAUUCUACAUUCCGCAUUUAAUUCAAGAGCGCAAAUUAAUUUGAUUGACAUACAAUCUCAAAACUAUAAUAAUUAUCGCUAUAUAAUGAAUUAUCAAGAUCAUUUAAUGAAAUUUGUUAUUUUAAAACCUCUGAAGACAAAAAGGGCCGAAGAAAUCGCUUUAAAUUUGAUAGAUAUUUAUACAAUAUUUGGUGCACCCGCUAUACUCCACUCGGAUAAUGGUCGUGAGUUUGUUAAUUCUAUUAUAACAAAUUUAAAUGAAAUGUGGGGAGACAUCAAAAUUGUGCAUGGCAAGCCGUCAUAGACCCAAGGAUCAAUUGAACGCGCGAAUAGGGACGUUGAAGAAAUUUUGGCUUCUUGGAUGACUGAUAAUAAAUCAAAAGACUGGCCAAUGGCAUUAAAAUUUGUGCAAUUUCAAAAAAAUCGGGCUUUGAACUCAGGUAUUGGAAGAUCACCAUACGAGGCGAUGUUUGGUUGUACAGCGAGAACAGGGUUAGCUUCAGUAGGGAUACCUUACGAUGAAAUAAACUUAAGUCAGAAG